AUUCUCUCUCCCCUGCACUAAGUGAUGUAGUACAGGCUUUUUCCCGCGCUUGGAAGCAUCCACACGUCGGAGGACGGAGGCGCGCCCUCCUUCCUCCUCCUCAGUCCCGCCACCUCUACUACCACCAACCCCGUGUCGUCCUCUUCCCCACUACACGACCGCCAUCAUCAUCGUCAUCAUCCAGCUCCUUUCUGUCCCUCUCAUGCCCGCCACUGAGGCUUCACUGCAGCUUGGAGCAUGGCGUGCAUCGGGGACGUGGACCCCUUCACCGCGGCCAUCCCUGCCACCAAAGUUGAACUCACCGUGUCAUGCAGAAACCUGCUGGACCGAGACACAUUCUCCAAAUCGGAUCCCAUCUGUGUGCUGUACACUCAGGGGAUAGCAAACAGGGAAUGGAGAGAGUUUGGCAGGACAGAAGUGAUCGACAACACGCUCAACCCCGACUUCGUGCGCAAGUUUAUCUUGGAUUAUUUCUUUGAAGAGCGGCAGAAUCUACGUUUCGACCUGUACGACUUGGACUGCAAAAGCGACAACCUCUCCAAACACGAUUUCCUAGGCCAGGCGUUUUGCACGCUGGGGGAGAUCGUUGGCUCGCUGGGAAGCCGCUUGGAGAAAGCUUUGAUCGGAAUUCCUGGGAAGAAAUGCGGAACGUUGAUAGUGAGAGCCGAAGAGCUGAGCAACUGUCGGGAGUCGGUCAUGCUGCAAUUCUGCGGCAACAAAUUGGACAAGAAGGAUUUCUUUGGCAAGUCGGACCCUUUCCUCGUCUUCUACCGCAGUAACGAAGACGGAUCGUUCACCAUUUGCCACAAGACGGAGGUGGUGAAGAACACUCUGGAUCCCGUAUGGCAGGCUUUCAAGAUUCCUGUCAGGGCUCUCUGCAAUGGCGACUUCGACAGGAGCAUCAAGGUGGAAGUGUACGACUGGGACAGAGACGGAGGACACGACUUUAUCGGCGACUUCACCACCAGCUACAGAGAAAUGUCCAGAAGCCAGUCACAGUUUCAUAUCUAUGAGGUGCUAAAUUCCAAGAAGAAAGGGAAGAAGAAGAAAAAGUACCAAAACUCAGGAACGGUAACCCUGUUGUCCUGCCUGGUGGACACCGAGCUUUCUUUCCUGGACUACAUCCGAGGCGGGACGCAGAUUAAUUUCACGGUGGCGAUCGAUUUCACGGCGUCAAACGGCAACCCGUCGCAGCCCACCUCGCUCCACUACAUGAGCCCGUACCAGCUGAACAACUACGCCAUGGCGCUGCGGGCGGUGGGCGAGAUCAUCCAAGACUACGACAGUGACAAGAUGUUCCCGGCGCUGGGCUUCGGAGCCAAGCUGCCCCCUGACGGACGUGUCUCGCACGAGUUUGCCCUGAACGGCAACCCGCAGAAUCCGUACUGUAGCGGAAUUGAGGGCGUGAUGGAGGCUUAUUACCAGAGUCUCAAGUCAGUGCGCCUCUACGGGCCCACCCACUUCUCCCCGGUCAUCAACCACGUGGCCAGAUAUGCGUCGGCGGUGACGGACGGCUCUCAGUACUUCAUCUUGCUCAUCAUCUCGGAUGGCGUCAUCACGGACAUGGCUCAGACCAAGGAGUCCAUUGUCAAUGCCGCCUCUCUGCCCAUGUCAAUUAUAAUUGUCGGGGUCGGACCAGCAGAAUUUGAUGAAAUGAUCGAACUGGAUGGAGACGAGGAGAGGAUCUCCUCCCAAGGACGCUUCGCUGAACGGGACAUCGUUCAGUUUGUUCCGUUCCGUGACUACAUUGACCGCAGGGGCAAUCACAUCCUCAGCAUGGCCCGGCUGGCUAAGGAAGUGCUAGCGGAAAUUCCCGACCAGUUCCUGUCUUACAUGAGGACGCGGGGGAUCAAACCUGGUCCGCUCCCGCCACCUUACACGCCAUGCCCCCCGCCGGCUCUACACCCUCUCCUCACCAGAAGGGUAAGCCGGAUCUAAGCUUCUGAGGCGUCGUCUUCUUCUUCUUCUUCUUCUACUUCCAAAUCUUCACUGGAAGCUUUUGAGCUGGUGACCGAUCGCUGUUUUCAGAGCGGCGUGCAGGUGGAGGCUUCGGGAACUGACAGUGGGAAUGGUCACUGUUUUAGGGGCGUGAGCUCAGACACAUGAAAGGAACGGACUGUAUUUCGGAUCCCACUUUUGUCACCAAAUUGUCUCUCCAUAUAUAAAUGUUUACAAGUUGAGGCCUGAAAAAGGAGGAAACUACCAAUCAAUGUGAGGAUGCAGUAUCGGAGUGUGUGACAUUUUCAUCUUUACUAGGUUAUUAAAUGCAGCAUGUGCUAGUUAAAGAGAAGCAUGCACUGUCGUCCUGCACUCAGGGCUUUGUCCUGCCCCACCGACUCGAACCGGCCUUACGUUUUGGCAGCGUUCUUCCACAUGGCUUUUUGGAACUGUAGCUAGAAAAUAAUCUACACCCUUCACUUCAAAACAGGACUUAAGCGUGUCCUCUAUAUUUUUUUUUUUCCCGUCUUUUGUCUUCCUACCUCUCAGUGUGUUGCCAAAGCAUGUUAACCUGUCUGUUUUUUUCAAUCCUCAAAAACAUGAGGAAGUGAAGCCAGUAGGGAAUGACAGCUAAAGUUCAAGUAGCAUUUAGACAUUUUCCUUUCUUGAGAAAAAAACAGGACUUAAGUAUCAGGUGGUGCUGAAAAGUUUGCAGCUAGUCCAGCUGAUGAUAACUGACAGUACCCAUUGUAACUGGAUAUACCUGUCGGAACAGACAAUAUCCGUCAUAAAUGAUAACUAUUUCAGCUGACGAUACCCAUCAUAACUGCCGAUAACCACCGUAAGUGAUACAAUAACUGGAGACAACCAUCUUAAUUGACAAUACCCAUCGUAAAUCAUGAUACCCAUCGUAACUGGCGAUAACCGUCAUAAUUGAUGGUACCCAUCGAAAAUGACAUUAAUUUUAUAAUUUCACAAUACCCAUCAUAACUGGCAAUAACCUUCGUAAACGAUAAUAAACAUUAUCUUUGGUGAUAAACAUUGUACAAGUACAUAACCAUACCUAUUGUAACCGGUGAUGCUUGUCAUAACUGUUGAUAUUAUCUUAACUGGCAACACCUGUUGUAACCUGUGAUAUGGUUGGCAAUAUUCAUCGUAACUGCCGAUAUCCAUUGUUAAUGGCGAUACCCAUCGUAACUGAUGGUACCCAUCAUCGUUGAUGAUACCUAUCAUAUUUGUUGAUAUCCUUCGUAAAUGGCAAUAACCAGCAUCAUUGGCAAUAUCUAUCGUAACGGUUGAUACCAAACGUCACUAGCAAUUUUCCGUCAUAACUGAUGAUAAAUUUCCAAUUGACGAUAACUGUCAUGAUCGAUGAUAACCAUCAUAAAUGGCAACACGUCUUACGUGACAAUGCCGAUCGCAAUUAACGAUACCUGUCAUAAAGCUUAACACCCAUGCUAAGUCGUUAUAACCUUUGUAACUGACAAUGCCCAUGAUAACUGACAAUAUUCAUUGUAACUGAUGAUACCCAUCUUAUUUGAUGAUAUCCAUCAUAACUGAUACCUUUCAUAAAUGAUGAUUAUAGUUGCUGAUAACCGUCACAACUGACAGAACCCAACGUUACUAACAAUACCCUGCAUGACUGACAAUACCUUCUAUAAUUGGCGACACUGAUCGUAACUGAUGAUUGCUGUCGAAACUCAUGAUAACUGUAUUGUUGUUUACGAUGGGUAUGGUCUGUUACGAUUGGUAUCAUGUGGGAGCAAAUGUUGUUUUUCCAUUACGACAGGUAUCGCCUGUUACAAUGAAUUCCAACACGUUCGGCAGGUAUAGUCAUUUACCAAGUGUAUCACUUAUGAGAAUACAAAUGUUGUCGUUUUCGUAUUUAGAGAAAACUCAAAAAGCUUUUGUAUGUUUUCAUUUUACCAUGACAAAUAUAAAUAUUAGAAAAAGUUCUGAUACAUUUCCACACCAUUAACAAUAAUAAUAAUGACAUCCAUGAAUGAAUUAUUACAUUCCUGGUUUAUUUAUUUAUCUUUCUGCCCUUCAGCUGACAACUUUUCAGAACCACUUCCAAUAUCAAAGGGAUCUCACCCCCGCUAAAGUUCAGAAUAAAGAGUCCCAUCCCAAACUGCACUGACACUUUGAGCAUGACCCUCUUUUUUCUUCUUUUUCAUCUUGUUUUUUCGUUUGUUUUAGCGUGAAGUCAAGCACAAACAAGCAACAGCUCACUUCCUAUUCACUGUAUGAUACAAUUCUAGGCCCAGUUAUUAAGGUUUACAAACAUUUUCUAAAGUCAGGCUGCAAAAUCCACAUCAAACACAUGCUUGUAAAAUGUUUUCUUAUACAUAUCUAUACAGUAUAUAUUUAUACACUGUACAAAUAUCUGCCUUUUUUGGUGUACGGGCUCAUGAUAUUUAUCUUAUUAUUACGUGUAAUGCUGCUUCUUUAUGUAUCAUAUUUUGUACCGAGGCCUGUAAUCAUAUUUAAAUUAUGACUAACAGGCCUUAUCCGUGUUUCUAUGUUGUGUUAUUCAUAUUUAAAUGAUGAACGACAGGCCUGUAUUUUUUAUAACUAUGUAUUGUGAUCACUAACACUCAGUGAUCACGUUUUUGCCCCCAAAACUUUGUUUAGUGUAAUUAUUUAUUGUAAUGUAUGUUUGCUGGGGGGCAAUGAAGCGGGGUCCCGCAGAGUGGGUUGACAGACUUUUUAUACUCUUUAUUAUUAUUAUUUUUACAUGUAUUUUGUCUUAUUUUUUCCACACAUGAGUGACAAAUGUAGCAUCAACUGAUGAAAGCAAACAAACAGACAGGGAAUGGCUUGAGAAUAUCAGUGCACUGGACACUUAAUGAGGUACACCCUCCAAUAAAAUCCAGUGCCAAAAAAAAAAAGGAAAGAAAAAUUCUGACAUAGUUAAAACAAUGCUAUUCUUUUAAAUAUUUUUAUUAUUGUAGUUGGUUUAGCAAACAGUUCAUGAAGAUGCUGCUUUGAUAUUUUUCUUUCCUCCACCAUAUGGGAUAAUGGAACUGUGGCCAUCAUAUAAACUGACAGGCAUAUUUUAAAUCAGUUUAACAUUCAAUCUAAAAAUAAGUUUUAACCCUGGUUCUGCACCAAAACAAAAUUUGAAGACCGUGGGAGAAACCUAGAUCAAAAUUUUCGAAGUAAAUAUUUCAUAACAACAUAACGUAACCAAGAUAAACUGCAAGGAAUGGUCUGAUGUUUGUCUGGGUUCACUUCAGUCACCAUUCUGGGGCCAUACAAGAAAUCAGGAUUAAAAUAUAAUAAAUAGAUGAAUAAAUAUUCCGCAGCACAGUGAGCGGGUGGUUAGCACAUCUGCCUCACAGUUCUGAGGACCCGGGUUCAAAUCUGGCCUCGCCUCGUUGCAUGUUGUCCCUCUGCCUUUGUGGGUUUUCUCCGGGUGCUCCGGUUUCCUCCCAAAACCCAAAAAUAUGCAUGGUAGGUUGAUUAAAGACUCUACAUUGCCCGUAGGUGUGAAUGAUUGUUUGUUUAUAUGUGCCCUGCGAUUGGCUGGCUACCCCGCCUCUUGCCCAAAGUUAACUGGGAUAGGCUCCAGCACGCCCGCGACCCUAAUGAGUAUAAGCGGUACGGAAAAUGGAUGGAUGGAUAAAUAUUCCAUAGCUAAAUAACGUACGCUUCCCCUAUUAGUUGAGAGCCCAUAUCUAUCACCAAAAUUGUGUCUCCAUUUUUAAAGCUUUAUUGAAUGAUUUUUUAAAAUCAUAUUUAAUAGCUAACAUGCUGCCAGAUGUUUUUGUGCUAGUGUUUGUUAGCUGGUUAGCAGGAUGAUACAAAACAACAUUUUGUGACCAUGGGAGAAGCCAGGAUCCAAAUAUUGGUAAUAAAUAUUAUAUAGUUACAAAAGUUCAUCAAGAUUAACUUCAUUGAAAUGCCUGGUGUUGAUCUGGGAUCCCACUUCUGUCACCAAAAAAUGUGGGCCCAUGGGAGAAGCUAGGAUCAAAGUAUUUUUAAUUGUUUAAAAGCAGGCGGGAUGGUGGCCGACUGGUUGGAGCGUCUGCCUCACAGUUCUGAGAACCGGGGUUCAAUCCCUGGCCCCGCCUGUGUGGAGUUUGCAUGUUCUCCCCGUGCCUGCGUGAGUUUUCUCCGGGCACCCCUGUUUCCUCCCACAUCCCAAAAACAUGCAUUGUAGGUUGAUUGAAGACUCUAAAUUGCCCGUAGGUGUGAAUGUGAGCAUGAAUGGUUGUUUGCUUAUGUGUGCCCUGCAGUUCAGGGCAUUUCAGGGUACACAGUUCAGGGUGUACCCCACCUCCUGCCCGAUCAUAGCUGGCACUCCCGCGACCCUUGUGAGGGUAAGCGGCUCAGAAAAUGGAUGGAUGAAUGGAUGGUUGUUUAAAAGCAACAUAAGGUAACCAAGAUAACUACAAGAAACAGCUUGGUGUGCAUAUGGGAUCCCACUUCUGUCACCAAACAUUUGGGGACUGUGAGAAAAGCCAGGAUAAAAGUAUUAAUAAACCCCCACCCAAAAAAAAAUUUAUUGCAAGGAAACAGCAUCUCUGCGCCCUUAAUUGCGCCAC